UAGACCUAACCGUGGAAAUAAAACUGCGUUUUCAAAUUCCUCCGGCGUAGUGUGGGCGGAGCCUAAAUUAGCCUGUCUCGCUCGCGUAAGAUUUCCAUAAACUGGGAGAUAAGUCGAUUCAAUAUUUAAUUUUCCGUCAUCUUGAUUGCCGCUGCUAGAGCCUCCCGACAGACAGGUGCUUUUAACAUUCAACCGAAACUAAUGUUUUACGUGUGUAUAUACACAAUCCGUUUAUCGUUAAUGACUUUGUUUUCACCGAAGUAUUUCCAUCACAUUUCGAAAUAAUAGGUAUUAGAUUUACGAGAUUAUUCGAGAGGGAUUAAAUAUACAAAAGCGAGAUCCGUAAACGCUGAUUACUUCCAAAACAACAUUUUUUCUCAUCAAGAAAAUUAACCUCUGCAACCUUAAUUCGGUUAAGAAAUAAAAUUAUAGAGCACAAAUUUGCUACGCAUUUUAAAUCACGUAGAACAUGCGAUGUUGAGUCUUUCAGUUGUUUUAAGCACAAUCAUUUCUUCCAUGGAAAAGGUUUUAUAAAUAUCUUCUAGUAAUUUCAGUUUUUUGUCGGCUAGUUUCGAAAGUAUUCUGAAUAGCUUUUACCGCAGAAAUCUGGAAUCGUUUUUCUUUUUUUUUUUUAACGAAGCUCUGAAGGCAGUUCAGUUUUGCAAAAUUGACCCAAAUAACAAGUUGAAUGGAUCCUUUUUUUAAUUUUCAUACGUACAUUGUCACAGUGUGCGAGAAAAUGUUACUAAAACUUUUGUUUUUAUUCAUCAGUUUUCAUCUCCAUGCUCAACAUAGUGUGGUUUUUAACGUACUGCAAACUCCAGAUCCAAGUCUUCCCAUAAUGUAAUUCGGGUAGCUUUGAUAGAGCCAUUUAAAUCUGUUUGAGAUGCUCUUUCUUAUAUUUGUGUAACAAAGGCGCCCACUCUUAGUGAAGUUAAUUCGCACGGCCAAGGAAAUACGUUAACGAUUUGAUUGGCUGCCGAGAUCGUAAAAACCUGAUAUCAAUGCUGAUAUGAGUUGCUAUCUCUUUAACAGAAAUAACAAUGAAGAUAGCUGUAUUUCAAAAACACGGCGUCUUCGUGGGAACAGUACAUAAAGAAAUCUACUGAUGUCAGAAAAAUCUUAUUUGAAGACACCUGCUGCAUAACGUUCCGACUUUGCAAAUUGCGUUCAUGCUGAAGAAAUCACCAUUAUAAAAGGCGAACUGUUAGUAAAUAUUCCGCAAUCUCAUGAAAAGGAAUCUCUUUGCAAAGGACAGCGUAAAAGACACAGCUCUUUCUCACGUCUUGAGGAAAUCAAGCCUUGAAUAUUUGUGAUUACACCUUUAAUUUGCAUGCAAUGACGACUUCUCUCAAUAACGCAAAUUGCACAGUGGGUAAAGAAAGUGUGAACUCCAGCGUCGUUUCGGCCUCGAUUUGUGGCUCUACUUUGAGAGUGACAAGGCCUCAGUUUGGCCCAAGUACCUCGGAAAUGAAAGCCCUUGCAGCGAUCAACUCAACAGCUAGCCUCAUUGGUUUUGUGGGCAAUCUUUUGGUGUGCAUUGUGGUGAUGAAAUUUCGUUUUCUAGGACGGCCCAAAGCAGAGUUAUUCAUCGCAAGCUUAGCAGUGGCGGAUUUACUUGUUUGCGUCAUUGCGCAGCCCAUGUAUGUUCUGUUCUUGCAUGGCUUGCUACCUUCUCAUUUAAACAUGAUCAGAAAAGCCAUAACGUGGAUUUCGACGCUAGUUUCUGUCAGCCAUCUCUUUUCGAUCUCAGUUGAGCGUUUCUUAUCGCUUUUCUUUCUGCAUCGCUACAGUUUCUUCAUUCCUGAUCGUAUAAUUUGGAGUGCCAUUGUUCUCACAUGGCUUAUAGCAAUCGGUUUCGGCGCUCCAGCUGCCACGUUCAGAAAAGCGCGCCACGUUGCACAAUAUUUUGUAAUAGUGAUUCUACUCAUUAUACCAAUUCUCUACGCGGGGACAUUUUACAUCGUGCGACUCCAACAUCAACGGAUCAAGAAACUUCGUCUUCCAGCGAAAAAACUCUCGCCCUCGCAGAAAAGAUUCCCAAGAGAGCGUAAGAUUGUUUACAUGAUAGCAGUGGUUGUUGGCGCGUUUUAUCUCUGCAUUGCGCCGCUCAUCAUUCUGCCGUUUUUCUUUACCGUCGGCGCGUCGCCCGCCGUCGUCUUGAAGGCAAAGCGCGCGUUUCCUUGGGUAAACACGGUGGCGUUUUGUAACAGUUGUUUAAACCCGUACGUUUAUUACUGGAGGAGUUGUCGGUUUCGUUUAGCACUUGAAAGGGUACUGCAGAAAAUUUUCGAGAAGAAAUAAACGCCGCGAAAUCGGCAUCUAAGGAAGCCGACAUGAAUUCAGACAUCUUAAUACGCUUGACAUAUUCAUGGACACUUUUAAUAUUAAGAGUUUGCAUUUAAUCUAUAUAAUCCGUGCGAUCUUGAAAAAUCCUGGGAAAUAUUGCAGAUGACACGGAGUGGUGGACAAGUUGUCGAAAUCUUUCAUUGCCCGUUUAUUUAUCAAUAGUGCGGUUUCUUUGAUGGUGAUCUACGGAGACAGAAUCGUGCGGUUUACAUGAUGUAACAAACUUCGACAUGCAGCAUCCGAAAGUUAUUUCAAAACUGUACGAUAAGUUUACAUUUACGUGGUUUGAAUAGAGAGUGUAGUAGUGAUUUAAUUUACAGGAAAGAGCAAACUUGUCAGCAGUGAAAAUAAAGCCUAAUGGUGAAUUUAGCAAUAUGUCUCAUUAAGGACAAGGCUGUCUAUUCGAAGAGGUCAUCAAUUUGCGCAAUAAAACUAAUGAAUGGUUGAAAGUUUAUCUUUUGCCAUAAAAGCGUUUCCGCUCAGAUGAUCGUCACAUACAUAACAUACGUUUCUGUUCUAAAUUUUAUAUCUUUCGAUAAAAAUUUUUCUUCAAAAUAGACUAAUAGCUAUGUUUCUGGUCUUGCUUUUGCGUCAUCAGAUGAGGUUAAUUCGCGGACGACAAAAAACGAGAAAAAAGUUUUACCGAACUAGGUACAUUCAUAAAAGUGUAGAAACUUAUGUCUCUCGAGUAGGUGUUUUCCGUUUAUUCUUUUAUUUUCAAAAAUGCACAUUUCAGACCGGAACCCUUGUGUCAAAUGUGAUUUUAAUCGGUUUAAUUUAUUUCAAGUUUUCCAAAAAACAAAUAAGUUCAUAGAAAUUUUACCGGGUAACUUAGUAGCUUUUCACUGUAACUAUCUUUUCUUAUAUAUUACGUGAUAACAUUUCGUGGCAUUUUCUGUUUUCCACUGUUAAGCUGUGCCAAAACAUUUUGCGGUCAAGCCACAUCUUUCAGGAUCUCAAUGUGAGGGGUUUUUUAAUCUAAAUUUAUUCUGGCAACAUACUCUAUUAAUUUUUUGAGCAUAUUUGAAUAAACAAUGAUAAGUCAAGAACAAAAUCUAGGCCAGAUAAAUUGGCAAUGUACAUUGGAUGAUGAUGUCCUCUGGUUAAUUGCAUUUGUAGAGUAAGUUCUUAAAGAACUCUUCAUGUUAGUUUUUGAACAAACAAGUAUUUGAUAUGUAUACCUGUACCACGUAAGGAAUGUUUUUUUCCUUCGAUAACAUGUUAUUCUAAGCUCGGUGACAUCAUUUCCAUGCUUGACAUUUAUAGUAGAUACGAAAACUUAUGUAAUGGUCGAUAAUGUAACGAGGAAGUAAUUAAGGAUGUCGGAUGCCCAUUACUUUCCAAAUCUCUUAUUUUUAAUUUCAAAAAUGUUUUCAAGAGUUAUUAUUUUGUAUCAUCACGUAUGAGAUAUCAAUAACACAAAUUCUUACGCGAGAAAAAAAAUUGAAACGAUUUUAUUUCCAGGCAACUAACAGCCGAGAAAGGACGGAUAUUAAAUUCUGCACCGAAACAUCGAAGAUAAAAACACAAUCGGUUAGAGGCUGUCUAUUGCUGACGGUAGUUUAGUAGGUAAAUUUGAAUAUGAAAGUCUUUUUAAUAUUUUAUCUUUGACUGAAGUGCAGAAGGAAAUUUCAUAAACCGACAUCUUUUAUCGCAUGUUGUUUGAGUUCAUUUGGCAGUUUAGUAUUAGUCAAAAAAGAUACAUGAAUCAAUUAAAACUGAUAUUCUGACAUUGCGGGUCGAGAAGAGUUCGCGUUUUUUUUCAGUUUGGCCUUGCAUUACUUGCACGCCAUAUGAUUGGCUUAAGAAACUCGCGCCACUCUCGUCCAAUCAGAAGUAAAACCAAAACCAAUCGAGCCUCGCUCGCACACGUUUUCCCGCGCUAUGUGUCAGCUAUAUGUAAUUACUUCGAAUUUUGAUUGGUUCACUGGAUUAUCUGCCCUUUGUGAUUGGUCAGAGUGAUUAUGGUUUUUAUUUUUACAACACUCGAUAUUUCUCCGCGUUUUUUUCGGAUUGAUAACAUACUAUUCCGUCAAAUAAUAACAUCCGCCAAGGUCCUGCAUGAUUUUAUUUGCACUCAAGGCCGAUACAAAUAUAUUCCUUCAGUUUGAUCGAGUGAAGAUUCUUCAUUCAAAUGGUCGGCUAUUACACUUUUGAGUGAUUGAAUUGUUUGUUAGAAUGAAAGAACCCUCAAGAUCAAUUAGGCAAGAUAUUAGAAACUAGCGACAUCUGUUUCUGAAAAACGAAAUGAAUGAACGAACCGUUAACCAAAGCGAAUUAACCAACCAACGUCGCAGAAACGCAAGUGUCCCCCUCCAUUCUCGUCCCCAGUGCUACUCGUUUUAAAAUGUCGUUACGAGUAGCUCAUCGUUUCGCCGACCGCGUGACCAAAAGAAACGGAGGCUCUGGGGACGAGAAUGGUUCCCCUCCACUUUACACCAUAUGGGUGUUCCCAGACAAUAGCAAACUUUGUCAUAAGGAAAGAAUUCAUUUCCACAAGAGAGAAAUUUCAUUGUUCGGGAACACCUGGGGGGUGGAAUACUCCGAGAAAAAUUGGAUGGGGGAGGGAGUCCCGCUUCCCAAAACCCUUACCCUAUUUGCGACCAAAUUUAUGACCAGACCAUAAAUCAAGACCCUGUUUCAGACCUGCCUUAUACUUAGUUCCCUAGUUCAGACCGAUGUUAAAGGCAUCGUCUGUUGUUGAUCGAUCUUAUCUAUAGUGAUGAAAAAGUAGCUUCUCCUAAAAAAAAGAUGCCCAAUUCAAGACUAGAGUGCA